AUGAACCGCAGUCGAAUUUUAAGAAAAGAUAGAUGUGCUGAUUCUAACAAUAGAGAGGGUCAUGUAGGCAAAAAUUUAAGAGAAUUUUCAUCUCCUCAAAAAAUUACAUUCCCGGAUUUUCCAGUCGGCAGUAUGAUUUGUUACAAAUGUAGAGAUAUGUUUGAGGAAGAACGUAAUUUAACUAGAACCAAGGUUUCCGGAAUUGAUAAUAGUAUCAGUAGUAGUGAAAUUCCAAAUACAUCAAAUCUCAGUAAUGUUUCUGCAGAAAUUUCAUUAAAUAACAACAAUAAUAUUGCAGAAUCAAAUACCUUAGAUCCAAGUGGGAGCUCUUUAAAUUUGUCCUUAAACUCUAAAGAAAAUGACUUCGAUAACAUGAUGGGGGGUUUAAAAGAUAAAUUCUCUUCCCUUCAUGUGCAUGACCCUGACAGAAUAGCUAUUCUUAUUGCAUUGCCGACAAGUUGGUCAAUUGAUAAGAUAGCAAAAGAAUUUAGCACAACUCAUUAUGCAGUCAGAAAAGCUAAAGAUUUGAAAAACAGAACGGUUCUUUCUCAAGACCAAUACCUCAUCUGGGUAAACCUCUAG